AUGCCACAUCAAUUACAUCAAGUACAUUCUGAGAAACAAAUUUUAUCACAUUUUUUAUUUACAAACAAAAUUGCAGAUUAUGCCACUUUAAAGGUAUUACUAUUACAACCUUCUUCUCCAUUGUUAAGUGCUUAUAUAAACUCUUUUUUAAAGGGUGAUGAUUCUCAAAAAUAUUUGGAUGUUCUACUUCAUUAUUAUGAUUCACACAAUCUUUUACCUCACUUGUUAGUUAGUCUUGCUUCAUUUGAAAUUAAAUCAACAAAUAUAUGCAACCCACUUUUUAGAGGAAAUACAUUAUUUUCAAGAAUUUAUUCUUUAUAUUUAACCGAAUAUUGUUCUUUUUUCCUUACGGAAACUUCAAAGGCGCUAUUAAAUUUCCUCUCAGCAAUUCAUUAUGAUGAUAAAAUGAGCAAUCAAGAAGAUAUUUCAGUUAUUAUUACUACUUAUUUCUCUUUAAUUUCUGAUUCUUUUAAAUAUAUUCCACAAGAACUUCUCUGGGUUCUUCAUUGUAUUUAUCAAAGAGUACUUAUCUCUCGAGGUAAAUCAGAUGCAAUGAUAAGUAUAAAUACAUUAUUCUUUUUGAGGUACUUAUUUAUUCCAUUUAAAGAAACACCAUCAUUAUUUAAAAUAAUUCAGUCACAAAUAUCAUCAAUUUUUCUUCAUUUACAAACUGUUGAGCACAAUGAACAAACAAAACCAAUUAUUGAUUUGAUUGACUGUAUUUUAAAUAAAAUUUAUUGUAUUACUUCACCUCAUUCCACUCAUCCUAAAAUGUUUGAUAGCUCAUCAGAUAAUGAAUUAUUGUUUAUACUUCGUUCAAACAAAGAUUUAAUUCUGAGUAAUUAUGAAGGUGACCCUUGUGAUCUCUCUUCAUUAUUCUCACACCAUGAGACAUCUAUCGUUCCAAUAAAUUCUCCUUCAGACAAAUGA